CGCGGCCGCGAGGGAGGCGCACCGGCGGCGAAAAGGCGCGCGUCCUGUCUCGACUCCUCGCUUCUUCCUACUGCGUCGGGGCCUCUCGAAUUCGGCUAGUUAUUGUGUCUCUGGCUCGGCGCCCGAGUUCGUGUCUCGGGCUGCUCUCCCCGCCCCGGACAGCGUUCCAUUCUUCUCCGCCCGAGCACGCUGAGCGCGCCAGCCUCGGCCACAGCCAAGCCCCGCGGCCACCCUGGGCUUCCCGCGAGGUUUCUCCCCUCCCGCCGACCGAGCGAUCGACAGGGCUGUGGUCCCCCUCCCCUCCCUUCCCUCCCUCCCUCCCAUCCCCCCCUCCCCGAGACCCACCGGACCCCGAAGCCAGGGUGGCACUUCCCAGGUCUCCUCAGUCCUGACCCCCGGCAUCAUGCAUCGGACCACACGGAUUAAAAUCACGGAGCUGAACCCUCACCUCAUGUGUGCCCUCUGUGGGGGCUAUUUCAUCGAUGCCACCACCAUUGUGGAAUGCUUACAUUCCUUCUGCAAAACCUGCAUCGUGCGCUACUUGGAGACCAACAAAUACUGCCCCAUGUGUGAUGUCCAGGUCCAUAAAACCCGACCACUGCUGAGCAUCAGAUCAGACAAAACCCUCCAGGACAUUGUCUACAAGUUGGUGCCUGGGCUUUUUAAAGAUGAGAUGAAACGGCGACGGGACUUCUAUGCAGCAUACCCCCUGACAGAGGUCCCCAACGGCUCCAACGAGGACCGAGGCGAGGUCCUGGAACAGGAGAAGGGGGCUCUGGGUGACGACGAGAUUGUCAGUCUUUCCAUUGAGUUCUACGAAGGCGUCAGGGACCGAGAGGAAAAGAAGAACCUCAUGGAGAAUGGGGAUGGGGACAAGGAGAAGACAGGAGUGCGAUUCCUGCGAUGCCCAGCAGCCAUGACCGUCAUGCACCUUGCAAAGUUCCUCCGCAACAAAAUGGAUGUGCCUAGCAAGUACAAGGUGGAGAUCCUUUAUGAAGAUGAGCCCCUGAAGGAAUACUACACCUUAAUGGACAUUGCAUACAUCUACCCCUGGCGGAGGAAUGGGCCUCUCCCCCUCAAGUACCGUGUCCAGCCAGCCUGCAAGCGGCUCACCCUGCCCACAGUGCCAACUCCCUCAGAAGGCACCAAUACCAGCGGGGCGUCAGAGUGUGAGUCAGUCAGCGACAAGGCUCCCAGCCCUGCCACCCUUCCGGCCACCUCCUCCUCCUUGCCCAGCCCUGCGACCCCAUCCCAUGGCUCUCCCAGCUCCCAUGGCCCCCCAGCCACCCAUCCUACCUCCCCCACUCCACCUUCAACUGCCGCUGGGACCACCACAGCUACCAAUGGGGGCACUUCGAACUGCCUGCAAACGCCAUCCACCACCAGCAGGGGGCGCAAGAUGACUGUUAAUGGCGCUCCUUGCCCCCCUUGAGGAAAGGGACCCUCUCCUUCCUCAGCCGUCAUUUUCCUCCUUUUUACUUUUUCUGGGCUCCCUUUUCCACUUUUGACUUUCCCUGGUUCCUCCCAUCUUCAGAGUGGGAGGUGGGUUUUAUAAAUAAAUCUAUCUAUCUAUAUAUAAAUAUAUAUAUGUACAUAGGAAAAACCAAAUAUACAUACUUAUUUUCUAUGGACCAACCAGAUUAAUUUAAAUGCCACAGGAAACAAACUCGUGUGUGUGUGUGUGUGUGUGUGUGUGUGUGUGUGUGUGUGUAGGUGGAUGGGUGGGGUGUCCAGGUCUAGGGGUCAUUGUAGUUCACUCUGCUCUUCUGGGGGGUACCUGGUGGUCUUAGGGGCCAUUGGAUGUAUUAACAUCCCUCCUUGUGUCCCUUCUGCUUUCCAAGGUAGAGGGUACAUUGGGUCCCCUAGCCUUAGCUGACUAGGGGGGUCCAUCUUGGCUGUUCCCCACCCCUUCCAAGCCCCGUUGUUGAAUGUUCAGAGUUGUCGAGACAGUGCCUUUUACAAGCGCAGUCUGUCCUCUGGCAGUGGGGAUCAAGUGGCUGUGGAGAAGGCAUCCCCUCGCCUCUUCAAGACAGUGGAAACCUUGUGCAAAGAAUUCCUAGUUCUGUGCCCCCUCCCACCCGCACCCGCACCCUCCUGUGGGAGAUCCUGGCCCUGGAAAGUCUAUGUGUGACUUUGGCAUUGUGAACACUUCAUUUUCCCCUGCCCUACCCUGACCCAGGAACCCAAUCUAGCAAGACUGGAGGUGACACUCACUGGGGGCCCAGAGUAGAGAGGGUUUUGAGGUGGGUAACCCCAGACAAGCACAGACUCCAGUUCUGCCAAAAGCCAACCGCCCUCUAGUCCAUGUCCUCAUCCCCAGCUGAGGCCAGGCAGGGAUAGGACAGAGGCAUCUAGAAGCACAAGAAAAUAAAUAAAAAAAAAAAAAUGAGCUGACCCCAACUUGACUUGGUGAGCCACCUAUGAGGGGCAGACCUCGCUCACCUGGCUUUCCUCAAGUGUACAUAGACCUGGGGGGAGGGGGGAGGAGGACAGGGUAUUGGCUUAGUGUGUGAGGUUCUGAGCCCAUGGGUCUGUUGGCACCAUGUCCUGAGUCUGAGGUUCUGACUGUACCCUCCUGUCCUGGGUCAUUUGUAUCUUGGCUUUGUAAUAAAUGCUGUGUACUCUUGA